UUGAUCAGUUUGGUUUGUGAGAAUUGCCAAUUCCAUUUUCAUGGCCCAUUUUCCAGUGAAUAUUCCCAGAGUUUUCUGUGUCGGCACGGCUGAUACAAAGCUUGAGGAGCUCCUAUUUCUGGCCAACUCUGUUCAAUCCAGUCUUAACAGUUUUUUCAGUAACAAGGUGCAAGUUGUAGCUAUUGAUGUUUCUGCAGGUCAGAAUGCUGAGAAGGAUGAGAAUUUGGUUUUUUCUACAAUGAUACCAAGGAGGGAUCUCCUUACUAGCUAUUUUCAAUCAACCGCGCAAUCACCAUCUGAACUUCCAGCAGAUAGAGGUGAAGCUGUUGCGAUAAUGAGCAAAGCACUCAAACAUUUUCUUCAAGAAGAAGCUCAAAAGGAUCAUGAAAUUCUUGGUGGAGUAAUUGGCAUAGGAGGCAGUGGAGGCACAUCUUUGAUAUCAUCUGCUUUCAGAUCUCUUCCCCUCGGUGUCCCUAAGAUCAUCGUCUCUACGGUUGCCAGUGGUCGAACUGAACCAUACAUCGGUACAUCGGAUUUGAUACUAUUUCCAUCAGUGGUGGAUGUGUGUGGGAUUAAUAGUGUGAGUAAGGUUGUUUUAUCAAAUGCUGGAGCUGCUUUUGCUGGAAUGGUGGCUCAGAGGCUUGACAGGUUGACCGGAGAUUCUCCGAAUGUUGAGGAAAAACUUAGUGUUGGUCUAACCAUGUUUGGAGUUACAACUCCAUGUGUAAAUGCAGUUAAAGAGAAAUUGCACAAACUGGGUUAUGAGACCUUGGUUUUUCAUGCCACUGGAGUAGGAGGCAGGGCUAUGGAGUCUCUUGUCAAGGAGGGAUUUAUACAGGGGGUAUUGGACAUUACAACAACAGAAGUUGCAGAUCACAUUGUUGGAGGUAUUAUGGCCUGCGAUAGUUCUCGUUUCGACGCAAUCAUAGAGAAGAAGAUCCCUUUAGUAUUAAGCGCAGGAGCCUUGGAUAUGGUAACCCUUGGAAGUAAGGACACCAUACCUUCUAAGUUUCAGGACAGAAAUAUUUAUAUACAUAAUCAGCAGAUUUCAGCAAUGCGGACGACAGCAGAGGAAAACAAGAAAUUUGCAGCCUUUAUAGCUGACAAAUUGAACAAAUCAUCAUCAAAAGUAUGUGUUUGCCUGCCUCAAAAGGGUGUUUCUGCCAUGGAUACACCAGGGAAGGCAUUUUAUGAUCCUGAGGCUACUGGUACUCUAAUAGAAGAACUACAAACGCUAGUACAGACGAACGAAGAUCGACAGGUGAAGGUGUUUCCUUAUCACAUCAAUGAUCCUGAGUUCGCAGAUGCCUUGGUUGACUCCUUUUUAGAAAUUAAUCUGAAGAACCCAAUUCAUUCCACUGCUCCCGGAACUGCUUCUUGUGCAGCCAGUCAACAAAUGUAAUCGGAGGAAAUUCUAUGGAAAAUCAUGUGAAUUUAUCUGACAAGAAACCAAUGAGCAGUUUCGCCAUAUGGUUAUGUAAUUAUACUCUUUGUAAGCAUGCUGUCAAUACUAAAAAUCUCGCAUUGAUAUGA